AUGGAUUGCCUACACAAGUACGGAGUAUGGAUAGCAGAAAUCCUCCAGCUCAGGACGAAGAGUCUCGAGCCACUCUGGCUUUUCAUCACCGAAGCCGGGGGCCCGAAAGCGGCUUUCUUCAUCGUCUUCCCGUGCACUUACUUCUUCUGUCGGCGGACCGGCCUCGCGGUGUUGUGGGUGGCCGCCCUGACAGAGUGGCUCAACUUGAUGCUCAAAAGUGUGCUGUUUGGUGAAAGGCCAUUCUGGUGGAUCCCAGAAUCACAUAUAUUUGCCAACAAGUUGCCGAAACUUGAGCAGUACUCCUCCACAUGUGAAAAUGGCCCAGGCAGUCCGUCAGGACACGCCAUGGUCACUGCCGCUGUCUGGUAUGUGGUGGCCUCGUCCCUGCAUUCUUACCUGUACCGCCGUAAUUGCAGCAUUCCAUGGACCUACGCACCUUAUGUGCUUUACGGGACUUUGUUGGCGGUCGUUUGCAUUUCCAGAGUGUUUGUCUUGGCCCACUUUCCACACCAGGUGUUUACAGGUUCCAUUGCAGGUCUUCUAUUAGGAAUUUACCUGCUCCGCAGGGUGCCGGAAAGGCGCCCGUUACAGUUCUUCAUGGCCCUCACCUCGUCUUUAAUGAUUGGCACGCUGGCGCUGAACGCCGCACUACGGACGAUGGGCGUAGAUCUUUCCUGGUCUAUGGCACUGGCUAAAAAAUGGUGCAAACACAGCGAGUGGGUUCGGCCUGAUGUGGCCACGCUCACCUCCUUGUCCCGGGACUGCGGGGCCCUGCUGGGCAUGGGCUUGGCCCAACACUGGAAGCCCGGCGGUUGGCAACUGGCUCGGGGUCCACAGGCUUUGUCCCUGGUGCUGUCAUACAUCGCCCUGUACUUUGUGUGCAGCGCACCGCUACCGCUGAGAUCGCCGGUCCUCUACUACACCCUCUUUUCUGUCAAGUUCACCUUGGUGCCUCUAAUUGUGGUGAUGGUUCCCGGACUGGUUCACCUUAUGAUGCGCAAGAUUAAGCGGAACUAG